AUGGUCGCUGAGGCCCUCGAGGAGAGAGCGAGAGAGAGAAACCUUGUGCUCGGGGUUUCCGAUCUUCGAGGAAAAACGCAACGUGCUUUUGGGACUCCCGAUGUAAACAGUGAGUUUCGUCAAGAUGAAGACUGGCUUCAGGUUUCAGACACGUUGAUGAGCAUGAAGGUGCAAGCCAGACGGCGCCGAGAAUCCAGCCUCGCCGUUCGAGUAAACCAGCCGCUCCAACCACACAACCACACAACCACCCCCUCAGACCCGCGCCACGACCGCCGCCACCGCCCGCGACCGCCCGCCUCCCACCGCACCGACACGACGUCACCCAACGACCUCACCACCACCCUCCCUUCCACCACAGCCGCCACCACGACCUACCAACCACAAACCACCACCACGACCGCCGCCACCACCGCUGCCGCCGCCAGCUCCUUCGCCGCCACCGCCACCACCAUCUUCGGCAUACCCAGCAGCAUGGCGGGAGGGUACCUCGGAGGGGCAGCGGGCCUGGGCGCUGGCCUGCCCCCCCUGCCCACCGAAAUACUCAUGGACGAGUACAUGUUCGGGCGCAGAAGGCAGCGACGGAAUCGGACAACCUUCACGGCGCAACAGCUGAGCGAACUCGAGGCCUUGUUUCAAAGGACGCACUACCCUGAUGUUUUCCUUCGGGAGGAAGUCGCUUUAUCUAAUAAUUUGAACCGGUCUCGUCCGCAGGUCUGGUUCCAGAACCGCCGAGCCAAGUGGCGGAAGCAAACGCGGAUGCAGUUCGUCCAGGACGCGUGGCGGCUCCGCUACCUGGGCCUGUCCCCCCCCGCGUGGCUCACCCGCUCCCCGCCCCCUGGAGGACACGCCAGCCCCCCGCAUGGGCGGAGCCAAGCCGCUCUCCCGUCGCCGCCCCUCCCCCUCCCGCCGAGCUCCGCCUCCGAGUCCACGGCAGGCGGAGACCGGGGCUCAAGCUCCGCCCCCCGCUCGGCCUCGCCCGCCAGCACUCCGCCGACGGACCUCAGCACGUCCGACCGCCUCACCGCCGCCUCCAGCCUGGGAGCUGCCGUGGCCACGCUAAGGUGGCGAGGCGAGGAGCACGUCGGCUGCCUGGGCCCUGGACUCUGCCCCUGCCUCAACCACACGCCCCUGCCAGAGCACCCACUCCUGCCACGCCUCUCGCUGCCCAUGCAACUCCACACGCACACCUCCCAGGCGGAGAGUCGCCCGGCGUCGCCCGAGAAGCGGCCGCAGCACAGAGAGGCGGCCGACCUCCCGAAGGCGGCGGACGACAGCGACGACAACGACGAGGAGCUCACGGUCACGCCCGACAGCGAAGACGACCUCACUCCUACUGACCUGUCCUCCAGCGCAACGGCCGCCGCCGCUGCUGCUGCUGCUGCUGCUGCUGCGGCCGCCGCUGCAGCUGCCGCGGCCGCUGCUGCGAAAUAAGAUAUAUCUAGCUGUCUAGAUGUCGAUAAAGCAGCUGAUUUUCCGGACGGAUGCUUCGAACGACCGGCCAAGAGUUGCGAUUCCUCCUGACGCGUUUCCUUAGCCAUCGCAACUCCGCCAUACUCCCACGCCCUCGGACACGCACGACCCAACAGAACCCGACAACGACAAGCCACACGCAACAUCCCAGCAGAUAUUCGGCGGAACAGACCAAGAAGGCGUCACGACCUCUCACGAUUUCUCCACGCCUUCAGCCUCUCCAAACAAACAAACAAACACAAAAAAAAAACAAUGAAUAGAGAACACAUAAUCCACAGAAUGAUAACAAGAGUCAACACGUGUGCUUCUUUGUAAAUAUCUGCACUUGUUAUUUUCUGUCGUGAUGUAACGCAUCGCUAGACCAGCCAAAGAUUCGACUGUUAAGCUUACUGUAAGUUAUGUUCACUGACUAAAGUGAAUCCACAGAAAGAGUUUAGUGAGGUAUGUAUAUAGUAGAUGUUGAUAUCCAGUGCUUUGUGUGUCAGAUGUCUGUCUGUAAACCCCUGUCGAUAUGACAUGAUAAAUAAACAGUUUAUUACUGGG